AUGAUACUUCAUUGUGAUCUGAAGUCAUGUAAUGUACUUCUAGAUGAAAGCAUGAAUGCAUACGUUGGUGAUUCUGGCAUUGCAAAGUUUAUAGUUGGUGACAAGUCAUCGACUCUUACCACCACCCUUGGAACCAUGGGAUACAUUGCGCCAGUUUCAUGCAGUCAUGGUUCACAAAGGGUACUUGCUCUGAAGCUCUCCAAAAAGGCACUUGAAGGUACUCUCUCUCCAUACAGCAGCAAUCUAUCCUUCUCACAGGUUCUUGAUCUCUCAGAUGACAGUUUCCAUGGUCACCUUCUCAUUGAUUUUAGUCGUCUUCCUCUGUUAGAAAACCAUUCUAUAAGAAAAAACAAUUUUGAAGGGUUGAUCCCACAAACACAGAGCCAUUGUCUAGGUCUCCAAAUACUGUCAGCACAAGAUAACCAAUUCUACGGAAGCAUUCCGGAGUUCCUAAGAAGUUUGCAGGAACUCAAGAUCCUAAACCUUUAUGGUAAUAGGCUCAAGGGCACCAUUCCAGUCAGUUUUGCCAACCUCUCAAAGCAGGAGUUCCUUAAUAUUGGUAAAAAUCACAAGCAAGGGAACAUUCCUUCUAAGUUGGGAAGCAAAACCCAGUUGACAUUCUUUAGUGUGGAAAUGAACAAUCUCACUGGAUUUGAGUUUCGCGAUCAAUACACUAACAAGAAAGAGGGGUUGUCGAAGCGUCCUGACGACAUUGAAAGAUUACGAGGAAUUACACUCCCAAUGAUUUCCUACAGAGAGCUAUUGCAUGCAACGAGCAAUUUCAGUGAUGCUAACUUUCUUGGAAGUGGAAGCUUUGGCACAGUGUACAAAGGAAUUCUAGCAGAUGGAAUAACAGCUGCUGUUAAGAGAUUGGAUAUUAUGAUUGAUGUGGAUUGUGCUCUAGAAUAUCUUCACCAUGGUUACUCGGAGGCUAUAGUUCAUUGUUAUCUGAAGCCAUGUAAUGUGCUUCUAGAUGGGAGCAUGACAGCAUACGUUAGCGUUUUGGCAUUGCAAAGAUUCCAGUUGGUCUGA